UGUGGUCGUGGUCUUGGCGAGUAAUCCGAUUGGACAGAUAGGUGCUUUCACGGUAGUUCAGCCCCGCUGCCUGUGUGUGGCAACCGGGCUAAACUGGACAACUGAAGGGGAAACGCGAGAUGGUGGAGAGCACCAUGUUACGCUUUUAAAGAAUAUCCUUUCUUUUCUCAUUUUUUUUUGUUUUGAACGCGGAAGGAGCCGUUUUGGAGUCGUAUUUUCGCCGCUCUUUCGGGGAUUACGGCGGCCAAAUUCCUGGGAGGUUCGCGGUGGAGGCUUGACGAGGAGAAAAGUACUUUUGUUGGAGCUCCGACCGCAUCGCCGUCUUCCUUUUAGCCCGCUGCUCCCCACGGUGUGGCCGGGUGCGCUCCGGAGACGGCAUGCUCCGCCACGCUGUUUUUCGGACGGAUUAAACGAGUGGAUUGUAGCCUGCUGUCUCUUCCUCGGUGAGGGGCUAUUCACCCCUCCGCCGACAACAAGCCCCUCGUCCGCCUGCUCUUUUCAACCAUUUUGCCAAAGGACCUGCAGAAAUAAACAAAGGGUCGAUUUCAAGAUGUAUCCACAAGGCCGACAUCCGGCUCCUCACCAGCCUGGCCAGCCUGGCUUCAAAUUCACAGUAGCGGAGUCGUGUGACCGAAUUAAAGAUGAGUUCCAGUUCCUCCAAGCCCAGUAUCACAGUCUUAAGGUGGAGUAUGACAAGCUGGCCAAUGAGAAGACGGAGAUGCAGCGCCACUAUGUCAUGUACUAUGAGAUGUCUUACGGCCUCAACAUCGAGAUGCACAAGCAGACGGAGAUUGCCAAACGGCUCAACGCCAUUUUAGCUCAAAUCAUGCCUUUCCUGUCACAAGAGCACCAACAGCAGGUUGCUCAGGCAGUGGAACGGGCAAAGCAGGUCACUAUGACUGAGCUGAAUGCCAUCAUCGGGGUACGUGGACUUCCCAAUCUGCCUCUCACCCAGCAGCUGCAGGCGCAGCACCUCUCCCACGCCGCUCACGGGCCUCCCGUCCAGCUGCCCCCGCACCCUUCCGGCCUGCAACCUCCCGGCAUCCCUCCCGUGGCGGGCUCGGGAUCGGGCCUGCUUGCGCUCGGAGCCCUCGGCGGCCAAGCCCACCUUCCGGUAAAGGAUGAGAAGAACCACCACGAUCUGGAACACAGAGAGAGCACGAAUAACUCAAUAUCGCCGUCCGAAAGCUUGCGCACGGCCAGCGAGAAGCACCGCAGCUCCUCCGACUACAGUUUGGACUCCAAGAAGCGCAAAGUGGAGGAGAAGGACAGCAUGAGCAGAUAUGACAGCGAUGGAGAGAAAAGUGAUGACUUGGUGGUCGAUGUUUCCAAUGAGGACCCCGCCACGCCUCGGGCCAGCCCAGCGCACUCGCCGCCCGAGAAUGGCAUUGAUAAGCCCCGCCCCCCCAAGAAGGACACACCCAACAGCCCCGCGUCAGUGGCGUCCUCCGGGAGCACCCCAUCCUCCAAGGCCAAGGAGCUCAGUCAUAAUGACAAAUCGUCCACGCCUGGCCUCAAGUCCAACACCCCCACCCCGCGAAAUGAUGCCCCCACCCCUGGCACCAGCUCCACUCCUGGGCUCAGACCCAUCCUGGGCAAACCACCAGGCAUGGAGGCUCUUGCAGCCCCAGCCUUGCGUACACCUCUGUCCAUCGCAGGCUCCUACCCCACGCCCUUUGCCAUGAUGGGUCAUCACGAAAUGAACGGAGGCCUGACGAGCCCCGGCGUGUAUGCCGGUCUCCACAUUUCCCCUCAGAUGAGCGCAGCAGCCGCUGCAGCUUACGGACGCUCCCCCAUGGGUUUCGAUCCUCACACCCACAUGAGAGCCCCGGGACUUCAAGCGAGCCUCACUUCCAUCUCAGGAGGCAAACCCGCUUAUUCAUUCCACGUGAGUGCCGACGGCCAGAUGCAGCCUGUGCCUUUCCCGCCCGACGCCCUGAUCGGCCCCGGAAUCCCACGCCACGCUCGUCAGAUCAACACACUGAGUCACGGCGAGGUGGUGUGCGCCGUAACCAUUAGCAACCCCACACGCCACGUCUACACGGGUGGCAAAGGCUGUGUGAAAAUCUGGGAUAUCAGCCAACCUGGCAGCAAGAGUCCCGUGUCCCAACUGGACUGUCUGAACAGGGAUAACUACAUCCGCUCGUGUAAGCUGCUGCCCGAUGGCCGCACGUUGAUCGUGGGAGGCGAGGCCAGCACGUUGACCAUCUGGGAUCUGGCCUCUCAGACGCCGCGUAUCAAAGCUGAGCUCACCUCCUCCGCGCCGGCGUGCUACGCCUUGGCCAUCAGCCCCGACGCCAAAGUCUGCUUCUCCUGCUGCAGUGAUGGAAAUAUUGCCGUGUGGGACCUCCACAAUCAAACUCUUGUCAGGCAGUUCCAGGGUCACACGGAUGGCGCGAGCUGCAUCGACAUAUCCCACGACGGCACUAAGCUAUGGACAGGCGGCCUCGACAACACGGUUCGCUCCUGGGAUCUGAGGGAGGGUCGACAGCUGCAGCAGCACGACUUCACCUCGCAGAUCUUCUCACUCGGCUACUGCCCGACUGGCGAGUGGCUGGCUGUGGGCAUGGAGAGCAGCAACGUGGAAGUGCUGCACCACUCCAAACCAGACAAGUAUCAGCUGCACCUGCACGAGAGCUGCGUACUCUCCCUCAAGUUCGCCUACUGCGGGAAAUGGUUUGUUAGCACUGGGAAGGACAACCUGCUGAACGCUUGGAGGACUCCCUACGGCGCCAGCAUAUUCCAGUCCAAGGAAUCCUCAUCUGUCCUGAGCUGCGACAUCUCCACGGAUGACAAGUACAUCGUGACGGGCUCUGGUGACAAGAAGGCCACAGUUUAUGAAGUGAUCUACUGAGAGCGGAGCGCUUAGGCUGCCGAGCUCGCUCGCCGCGCUCGGGACCGGCCGGCGCGCCUCCUCCGCGGACCCCCGCACCCCCUCCCCUCACAGACAGCGUGGAUGUUGCCUGCAGCCCCCUUCAUGGAUGGACAGCCAGGAGGUUUGGCAGUGCCAGACCAAGGUGGACUUUUUUUUCUGGGCCCCACCCCCUGUUGAAAAAAGGAUGUUGUGACCUUUGGCACUGCACUUCCUCAAUCAUCCAAGUAACACUUGUACAGUGAGAGUGGUUCCCAAAGGCACUAAGAAGAAAAUAAUGUUUUGCUGGGAGUUUUUUGGGGGUGGGGGGGGGGGUUGUUUCUCGGAUAUUACUUCUAAUUUUUAAUGUGGGAAUAAAGUUCCAUGACACGGCAAGAAGCGGCGCUUCGCUCUGGAAUUUUUCAUUGGAGGUCCUGUGAAAAGUGUACAUAAUGGAGUUAAAAAAAAGACCUUUUUAUAGAUUUAUAUUUGGGUGUCCAAUUACGCUUGUGAUGGUUCUUUCUUGUUCUGUGUUUUUCUUUUCCCUCCAGGGAUGAAAAUUAGAUUAGGACUUUGUAAGAGGAUAUUCUAUUUGCCCCCCAUCCCCUGCUCUUUUUUUUUCCACAAUGGUUGCGCUGGAUGACCUUUACAGAAAUCUAAUUUGGAUUUUUUUAACCCCCUCUCCUGAAAAACAACCCCCCCCCCCCCUCACUGGAAUUUGCUUUUAACACAGAACACAACAAAGGGUGGACCGGUGGAUUUUAGCGGUGGAUAAUUCGAAAAAAAAAUAUUUUUUGUCUGACUGGAAGCGGGAAAACCGUUACUUUUUCGCUCAAUCUCUGGAGGAGGAAAACUCGGUGAAGACCUCACUGUGGACUCUGGCUGCUUUCAAUAACUUUCAAAUGGAUUAUCUACUGAAGGACUGAUGGCUUUUACGGAGAAGCAGCUGGGUCUUGAUUUUUUAUUAUUUUUUUUCCAGCCUGUUGAUGUGACGCUUCAUUGCCUCGUUCAACAGUCAUCCGUCUAAAUGUCUAAAUGGUCCUUUCUCUUGCUUGCUGGUUGUUUUUUUUUUUUUUAAUGCUUCGUGACUGAUAUGCAAGUCUUACGGUGGCAAGUAAAUGUCAUCAGCACAUAUGACAAUUUGCGUAUGCUGUUUGCUUUCCGCGAUAUUUCAUAAUAUUCCAGCACAAUCCGCCCGUAGAGGACAAUUGUCUCGCCGUAAACGCAUUCGAACUCGCAUUCAUGUCGUCAUCCUUGAAGGCUGUACAGUUGGCAGUUGUCAAUAAACUGUUUUCGUAUAAAAGAGG